AUGAGCGGCUGGCUGCUCAACCUACUGGCAAACACCAAGUUCCACGUCGACAGAGCCAGAGUAACCUUCCUCUUCCUUUCCAACCUGCUCCUCAUUAACAUCCCACUGAAAAAUGUUCAGGUGAAAAAUAUCUCCUUCCAAUUUGACUUUAUAAAAAGAAUAAUCGCAUUUUUUUCCAAAAAAAAAAAAAAAAAAAAAAAAAACAAAGCAUCACCAUGGGGGAAGAAGGAGAUCCACGUCGAGUCCCUAAGUUGCACACUCGACUGGAGAGACUACGAAGAUUACAAUUCGGAUUACAACAUCUAUGCGAGGCUGCUACAGCAGUCGCUCAAGCAGAGGAUUGUGCAAUCCGUUUGGGUUAAAUUGCUCCUCCUUUUUUUGAACGCCAUUUUUAAGCACUACGUUUUGCGGGUAGGCAAGCUGUGCGUGAAGAUUCGCCACCGACAUGCACACACACAUGGGGAGCAUUGCAGGGGGGAUCGCGGCCAGACAAAGGGGAGGGCCACCUACCACUUGACUCUUUGCGACGUUUGCCUUUAUUUGGACCACCACGGGGGGACUGCAAAUGGGGGAGCUAAACAAAACGAAGACGGAAGCGGCGCUCGGGAAAACGAAGACGGAGGCGGCGCUCGGGAAAACGAAGACGGAGGCGGCGCUCGGGAAAACGAAGACGGAGGCGGCGCUCGGGAAAACGAAGACGACCACGCCGCUCGACAAAACCAACAUGGAAGCGGCACCCCCACCAAGCGGGGGGACCACCUGUGGGGACCCCCCCCGAGCCACCUCCGCUGCGGAGAAAUCUCCCUGCGAAGGGAGAGCGAGCGAGCCAACACAGUCUUGGCGAAAAAUAUUUUUUUUUUUGUAAACGAGAGGAGCGUGUUUGUCUCCCUCUUCUACCUGAACGGUCAGGCGUGCGAAUUGAAGGAGGUUUUCUACAGAUGGACGAGGAGGCAGCGGGGGGAUCACUAUCUAAAGGACUUGAUAAAGGUCCUGCAGAGGAACAGUGCACACCCCCAUCUGUGGAGCUUCUUCCAGGGGAAUCAGGCCAGCCUGGCCCCCCGCUUGGCUGCCCCUUUUGACGCAAGUUUUUUUUCGCAUUUUUCUUUUUCCCUGGACACCCUCCUUGUGAAGCUCCAUUUGGGGGGAGACGUCGAGGUGCGCACCCGGGGGAGGAAGCUAUGGUUUGAGACGCCCCAGGGGAAGAAGCUAUCAUGUGAGACGCCCCCGGGGAGGAAGUUACCAUGUGAGACGCUCCAGGGGAAGAAGCUAUCAGUUGAGACGCCCCCGGGAAGGCAGCCAUCACGUGAGACCCCCCCAUGGGAGGCGUUUUCCCUUUCGAUAAAAUCCCUGCUGACUUGGUCAGGCAAAAAUGCAAUUUGUAUAAAUGCGAAGAAGGCAGGCAAGCUCCUCUGUGAAGUUCCUCUCGAGGCUGAUUUGAACAAAUGCAACCAACAUGAUGUGGAAGCGGUGCGUUGGAAAACCCUCCCUUUGAAUGGAAGAAGGUGUAGAGAGAACAUCCUGCUUCGGGAGGGACCGAACAGGUACCGACUGAGACUGGACCACUCAUGUGUAGUAAUACACCUGGAGGAGCUACUAACCCGGCAGAGGAGAUUAACCCAUCUUUUCGGGCUAGGGUUUCGUGGAGGGCAUGUAGAAAAUCCCCCCGGAGUGAGUGCCUCCUCGUUAGAGGACCCACCCCAUCGGGGAUACUUCCCCACGGAGGCCAUCCGCAUGUCACUUUUUAACCUCACCAUUUAUGUAAGUAACAAUUUGAGCAAGUCCCUCCUGUUGAGGUGUCCCCCAGUUGGGAGACGCCGAGAGGAGGAGCUACCACACGGCAUGUCCACCCAGCAGGGAAACGAAGGCGCACUCAAAGUGGAGCUUCACGAAAUGAGGAAUUAUGAAGUUAGGGACGAUCGGCAGGAGUGCACAUACAGGGGAAGGACGCUUGAAGGGAGGCCCCACUUCCACCUGAACGGGGUCAUACUGAAGUGGGUAUAUUCUCAACAGGGGGUGCUCUACGAGUACGCCGUGAGCGACCCCAUGGAUGUCACCCUGAAGAGGGGAAAGAGGCAGAAGGGAGCAGACGCAGCGGAGGGAGAUGCGAAGCAGACGAGGGAGGAGUCAUCGAAGGGGGGCGAACUCCCUCCAGUGACCACCGCCUACGUAGCGAGGUCCACGUGGUACCUACUCCCAGAGCACAUUACCUUCGUGCAAGGCUUGUAUACGCUGUAUUGCCAACACGGAAGGGAGAAAACCUCCCCUCUGAGGAGCUCUUUAACCAGGAGGAGCAAGAGAAGACGUGAAGACGCCCACUCCAACAGCUACACCAUUGUGAUUCUUAAAAACUGCCAAGUUAAUCUGUUUUGCAUUUCGCGCAACUUUGACGUUUACUGGAGAGUCUGUAGACUCAUCGGCCAUGGGGAUGUGAAGCCACUAGAGGGGGCCACCGAAGAGACUCCCCCCCUAGCCAGCAUCACUGCAAGCUGCGAUUUUGUGGGCAUCUUAAAUUUCGCAUCCAAGGGGGAAUCCCCCUCCAAGCAAGGUAGGUUUUACUGCAGCCGCUUCUACCUGAGCAAUGUGGGCCUCCAGGUGAGGGAACUUCCCAACCGACUGAGUCGGGUGCUCUCCUUUAAGAGAGACCGGGUGGACGCGCACAUGGUUCCAUCAGAGAAGCGGAGGAGCGAACAUGCACGCAGCUUCAAUAGCCCCUACGAUGUGGUCAUCCGAGUGAGAGACAAAAACGUGCACGUGGAUGUGCGUAACGUCGCGCGGGUGACCUUCUGCAGUUUGGUGGUAUACGAGCUGUACGCCUCUCUAGUUAGGAUGGUGUGCGAGGAGGCCAGCGGCGAGGUGAGCGGCGAGACAAAGACAACCCCACCGACCAUAUCAAACGGCUCGCUUCACUCCUGGAUGAGGAAACCUCGCGGCAGGCGAAGCGUCUACCGCAUCGUGCGGAGGGGAAGAAGCACCGCUCAGGUGAGCGAAAGUUGCCCAGGAGAAGGCUCCCCCAAGCAGUGCCACUUCCAAGAGGAGGGGGAGCCACCUACGCAGCCUUGCUGCUUUUUGCAAAACAGCAUGAGGAAGGCAACCCAGCCCCUCCGUAACAGGCGCAACUUGGUAAAGUACCGCCUCCUAGUAGACCUAAAAAGCCAAGUGGCAUUCGUCUCGACCGACCAGGUGAGAUCCCUUCAAGAGUUGCAAAAAAUUAAAAAUGAAGAGCUGAAGAGAAGCGAACAGACGUUGUGCCUGGCUGGCCGGUUGUCUCUGCUCUACUUUGAUCCCCUCCAAAGGGAGAAUAUAAAACGGGGCAAUUUCAUGCAAGUGCACUUCGAUGCAAACCAAGUGAAGGUCAGGAAGAGGACCCAUUCGGGGAGAACAUUUAAGCUCUUCCAUUUUGAGAAGAGACUCUCCCAUGAGGGGAGUACCCCCGUGCCGGACGUUUUCUCCUCGUCGUUUUACAAGAUCUUUCGCUCUGGAAAGGGGAGCCAUCCCCGGGGGCGCGGCGCGGGCCGCUACCUCGUUGUGGAGGCCACCGUGAGGAACGUCGACGAGGUGGCGAGGGGUGCGGCGAACACAUCGGUGAGAGGCACCACUAGCGAGGUGGUGACAGACGCGACGGACGAAGUGGUGGGCGACGCCGCUAACCACCUGAUGGACGGCACGCUGAACCCCCCCCCGCGGGCGGCCAGACUGUAUAACUCCGAAACGACCGUCCGAGGAAGGGGCCUGCGGGUGCUCUACAAAACCAACGACUUCUUCUUCUUCCUGAACAAGUACCUGCUGACCGACGUGUGCUGCCUCUUCUCGGCGAGGCGCGCCCUGGGGGAGGCGGCCGCAGAGGAGGCGCUCGUGAAGAAGGCGGCUGUGAAGAAGGCGACUAUGAAGGAGGUGGCCUUGAACCCUGCUGAGGAGCACCACCACCGCGAGAGUGCCUACCUGCACUUCCGCGACGCAGAGGUGGCGGACCCGUUCGCCCUCCGAAGCAGCAUUGCCCAGAAGAGACAACUUGGGAGCGGCAUCCCAAAAAGAAAGAAGCCGCAAAUAGAGAGCACCGGGGAGAACCACCACCCCGGGUACAAAGUCAGACGGAGCGAAUUGAAGACCCUCCCAGUUAGCCUGAACAAGUACCAACUCGUCCUAGACAGAGUCCUUCUCUUCCUCCCAUCGAUGACCAAUAACAGGAACUUCCUAAUUGCGCAGAACGACGUAGUUAUAAGAAACCACAUUGAGCUAAAAAAAAAAAAAAAAAAAAAAAAAAUUGAAAUUCUAGACAAAACGUAUGUGUAUCUGUUAAACACUCUGGUGCACUCGAUGGAUGGAAUGCUCGUCGCGAGAAACGUCAACGUGAUGAUCAUGCACAGUAGGAGCGUCUUGUCGAGACUGCUCAAGCCGUUCACCCUAUCUGCUUACAUCUCUGGCGUCGUCCGCGUCUCUCCCAGGAGCUACAAACUGCUGCAGGACGUCCUCCUCGAAAAUGUCCUGGGCAAUCAUUUUGAGCACGUCCAGGGGAGGCCCCACAGGGGGGGUCACUACAGUGGGAGACACUACAAUGGGGGGAACUCUCCCAAUGGAGGGGCUUCUCUAAAUGGGGGAAAACCACACGGAGAGGCGCCCAGCAGGCACGAGGUAACUACCCAGCGAGGACGACGAGUGAAAGACCUGGAUGUGCGUCUUCACCUUUUGCACAUACUGGUCGAACUGCAGAAUGACCGCUUGCACAGCAGAAUGAGUCUCCUCUUUGGCAAAUUCCUUUUCGCAAGAACGGUGAGGUACCUGGGGGAGGAACAGAUCGUAACGUACGUCAAGGGGGCCGUGCCCCUCGUCAUGAACACCUUCUAUGAGUAUCCCUACGACAUCCUGAUGUGCCACAGGAAGUUGAACCCGAGGAAGUAUGCCAAAUGGCUAAUUCGCAUGAACCGUUCAGGUGAAAAACACGACGAGCAGUCCUUCAAUUCGCUCCUAAAGAUGAAGAUGAGAAAAUACUCUCGCGUAAAAAAGAGAGACAGAAAGACCUUCCACCUUGUGUAUAAGCGGGCUAGACGAGACCACCUGGGGUGCGACGUAACGAACGAUGUGGAAAUCAAAAUUGAGAGGAUCUGUCUGCACACGGACAUGUUGCAGCUGCUCAAUUUGUACUCCUUCUACUUUGUGGAUGACCGCAAUGUGCACCUCAGCAGGGUGGAAAAGCUCUUCCGCUGUCAGGGGCGCGCCAAGCCGUUCGAAGGGAAGCAGUUCGCUGAGGAGCAACCCCCCCUUAAGGGAUUUACCCACACGUGGCUGCCCCCCCAAGCGAGCCUGCAAACCCUCAAACUGGAAAGCAUAAGAAACGCCCCCCCAGAGGAGCCACUCGACAGACGCAUCCUCACAGCGUACCAACGGAUGGUAGCCAAACUGACCCCCUCCGACUUUAGCAAUUACGACAGCGUCGUCAGGAGCAACAACGUGUACGCGGUGAGAGCUCGAAUCAGGCACGCCCACUUCAGCUUCAAUUUUCUUUUUUACGAAAGUGUAUUGGGGGUGAGGAGACUGCCUCUCAGGGGAGCGAUCCAAAAAGGCACAGCAAAGGAGGCCGCAAACCAGGAGCCAAACGGGGUGACCAACGCGCCGAACCAACCGCCCCCCUUCGGGCUGACCUACCGGGGCAGCAUCGACCUGCACUUAUCCUUCAACCUGCGCAAAAGCAUCUUCCAAAAAUUUGCAAAAAAAGCCAAGUACAUAUUUUUCAACAAUUACGUGGUGGACAACUUUUUGCAAAAUCGCCUGAACAAGUCAGGCGAAUUGGCAAAUUUUGUGCUACACACAGUUGAUCACAUCGGAGACGAACUGGAGGAACACGUCUACUUCAAAUGCAACAUAAAAAGGAAGAACUACCUCUAUUUGAUUAACCGAGGGGGGUCCUACUGCAUCAGCAGGAACAUCAGCUUGUGCGUGAGUGCCCGGAAUGAAAAGGUGAUUUAUUUUAAUGGGGAUGAGAAGAAGGUUAAAGUGGAGGGGCUACAUUACAGGGAGGUGUUUCUAGAUAGCUUCUUGGGGAGUUCUCCCUCGGGGGGGGUAGACGAAAAGUUGGCAAAAGAAAAAGGCAUCAUAUGCGAUGUGCAGUUGGUGGACCACAACGGGGUGGACCUGAGGAAGGGCAGUUCGAACGGGGGUGCUUCUGCCAAGUGGGAAGGGGAGGAAGAUUCCCUUGCACGGGGGGGAGACUCCCAUGCACGGGGGGAAGUGCUUAUUGGGGAGGAGCCAAAGGGGGGGGAACCCCAACAUCAAAUCAGAUUCAGCUCUCCCCCCCCACCCAGCAGCCGCAUGAACGUUGGCCAAAACUCCAUUCGCGUGGAAACCCCCUGCACGAAGCCAAAGUACAUCGACGUGCAGGUGAAACAAGCCAACGUGGUGAUCAAGCUAGCAGAUUUCCUUUACCUGGGUAGCAAGCUGCACGAGCUGUUAUACUUAAUGAGCAGACACGAGGAGGUGAACGUGUGCCUCUUCCGAUUGAGCGAGGCAUUUUCAAAAAGGAAGAAGAGACACACGUGCAAAAUAAAAAGAAUGAAGAUGAUGAGUUACUCCACCUUUAUCGUGAGGGUCAUCCUCUCCAGUUUGGAUCUCCACCUGUUCGAAAGUGUCUACUACGCCAAAUUGAAGAAAUGCAAAAAGAGCAAAAUUUCGCAUGUACAUGUUCAGGCAAAUUACGAGUAUCUUACAUGCCACAGGAAAGAUGACACUCUUUUUAAGAGGCACCAAUCGGAUAUGUCCCUGCAGAUAAACUUUGCAAAGAAUAACAUCUAUGAGGAGUUCACUCGGGGGAUGCGGUUGAAGGUGAUUUGCAUUAAGACGGGGAGGCAAAGCAACCUCAUCAUAAUUUUGGAAAAACACGGGGUGGAUGUUUUCCUCACGAAGAAUGCCUUUAGGAGUGCUCUCCGGCUGUACGAGGAGGCCAGCGACUGGAGGAAUUACCGCGCCAGGGAAGUGGCCCACCGGGGGUGGAGCCCCGAGGGGGCAGCAGACCAGAGCGCUGGCGCGAAAAGGGCUGGCCGGCAUUCCGCAAACCGCAGCUGCGAGGCGCACAACGAGGCCAGCCGCGAGCAGUCCAGGCGAGUCCAAAAGGCCAGGCGGAAUUAUGAAGUUAGCGGCACACACAACUGUGGAGAAGCGAGCCGCACACUGAACUGCGUGAGGAGAGGAAGCCCGAAGCUGCGCGCCCUCCUGCGAAGCAAACACUUCAUCUUCCCCCACGACGAUCACGCAGUGGUGAACAGGACGCUCGAGCGAGUGGUGACUUACCGAAGCGGCGAAAUAAGCCACGCCCCGUUUGAUAGAAGCAACCCGGUGCACAUGCUGUACGUGAGACGAAUGGAAAGCUUCAUAUUCCCAUCGCUAACGUCCAAGUGGAGUGCAAGUGGGGAACUAGUCCUGUCCUGUGAGCACUCCCUCUACGUCGUCUCCUCGACUGUCUGCAUCUACAAUGAUACCAACCACGACGUGCUCCUCCUGAUUAACAGUUACAGAAUCGUUUUGUUUGCAAAGAGGUACACCUACUUGAGUAGACACAGAUGCAACCUGCAACGGGAUCAUUUCAUGCUGCUUCUGUUUUAUAAGAAGGGCUUAUUCAUUUCGAGCAGGUUAUCUCUGCACGAGUUUAAGAGGGUCACUCUAGGGGGGAGGGAAAAAAUGCACCAGUUUUUGGCCCAUAAGAAGUACCUCUCCUGCAGGUUAGCCCCGGAUCGUUGUGAGGGCAGCCUGCUGUGCGGCGCGUCCUUCAAGGUGGUUCCCCUGGGCAGGGUCUCCGGCAGUGGCCAGAUCUUUUGCGCCCAUGGUGGGGGAAGCGGCUCCCAUGGGGGGGGUGAUUCCAGUAAGGAGCUCUCCCCGGAGUCACCGCUAAACCUGCUGACCAACCAGUACAGCCUGUACAACCGCCUGCACAGAAAGCUCGCCAAGGCGCUUCUAAACGACGAGCGGCUCUCCCCAAACUGCAGCAGCAGUGGCGACCGGAUCUUCACCACCCUGACGGCGAUCCGAAAUGAGAAGACAGACGAUGGGGCGCUCUACCUUAACAUUGGCCAAAUGGCAAAGGUGAGGAACACCCUGCCUAUUCGGGUGCACUACAGGAGUGGCGACACCGCAUGCAGUGUAAAGGCUUUCUCCUCUAAGGAGAUCUUCUCUAGCGAUUUGGACCUAAACGUCAGUUGCAACAUCUUGAGGGGGACCAAGCUGAACAUUACCUACGACAGGCGGCUAGGCUUCUCCCCCCUGGGGGAUCCCUCCGCGCCCCCCACAGAUAGUAAUCCACAGAACGAGGAAGUUAAGGAGGAGCCCACAAAGGGGGAUGUCCCUCCAGAGAGAAGCCGCAAACCGAUGGAAGGACCCAACUCUGGGCAGCAACACCACGAGGAGGUGACUCACCACUAUGUGAAUGUAAUCAAAUGGAACGACGAAAUUGUGGUGACGUGCCACACGUUGGUUUGUCUCUACGCGGAUGAGAUGAAGGUCGUCGAGGUGAACCGGAAGCGCAUCCACUUCGCCCCGUCGCCCGGGGGGGGAAGCGUCGCUGCUGAUCGAGGUGCAUCUAAGCGAGGUGAGUGCGGCGGCGCUACCCCCCCGACCCUUUCGCUGAAACGACUCAACCUCUACGUCGGCAUGUACAACGAGCCCGUGAGCAGCAUCCACCUGGAAAGCUACCAAAUUAGUAGCAUGCCCAUCAACAGCUGCAAGGAGGCAACCGUGCCAGCCACACACAGAGGCAGAGAGUGCUCGUCCCACUACACAGUCGAAUACCGAAAGAACUGCUCACUUGGAAGUCAUAGUCGGUACAGCAGAGUGAGCUCCCUGCUGAUGAUCUACCCUCGGCUGGUUAUGCUCAACCAAACGGAUUUCAAUCUGACCAUGUUUUGUUCCUUCGGUGGGGACUCUAUGGUUUACACAUUCGAGCGGAAGUCCAGAUCAGUCAUCAACCUCCUGGAGAGUGGCAAGCGAAGCUUUUUCUUUCAAAUUGGGAGGGCCCCCCCGAGCAUCGAUUACGUCUUUGUGAGUGGCGGCAUCGACAUCACGAAGGAGGGGUCCUACGUGCUGUGCUUCACUAACGGGCGGCACGCCUCAAGCAGUGUGGGCGGUUUACCCCAAAAUGGACGCACAAACCACCUGCACAAGUCAGGCAGACGCGAAAAGAGAGCCCCCCAAUCCGUGCACCUCAAAAUCAGCAUCGUGGAAGGGAGCAAGCUGAACGGGGAGAGCGCCCCCCCCUGGGGACACAACUGCCUCUUCGUGACCAUCUCCAAGCAUAAGAUGAAGAAGAAAAAAGUGAAAAAAUACCUCGCGAUGGUUAACUCCCCCAGUGUGGCAAUGCACUCCAUGGAAAGCAACGAACAGGAGAACACCCUAAUGCACAUCUACCAUUUUAUUAAAGAGGAGGAACGAGUCAAAAAAAUAUACGUCUACAAUGACAUGGGGAUAGACCUCAUCUUCGACGUCUUCCACUUCAGCGAGUUUGUUCACAUGAUUAGGAAGGUGCUGGGGGAGGAGAGCAGCUCCUCUGCGCGCACCUCACAGCAAAAGGGAGCAGAGCAAAACGGAAGAGAGCCAAACGGAGCAGCAGAUCGAUGCACCCCCCAAGGGAGACACAACCGGGCAAAGGAAAGCUUCUUCAGAAAUAUUUUUCUCCUCGAAAGUAGUGACAAUUCGAGUGCAGAUGAGAUGACUCAAACGGAACAGCAAACCACUUACGACGCCGCCAAGCUGACCAAGCAAAACAUAAGGUACAUCUCUAGCCAUGUGGAUCAACUUAAAAAAUUUGUGAAAGACAAUUUGAGAUACCUCCGACGGAUAGGGAGGAAGAGCCUGCGCCUGUUCCCCCUGCGGAAGAACAAGAAUGUAAAGAACGCCUUCCUCGUGGUCUACCCCUGGCGACACGCAAGGGGCUACCACAUUGUGAAGCUUUCCCUCAAGAGGAAGAAGCACGUGCUCAGCUUCACGCGCGGUGAGCGUAGCGGUGAUCGAAGCGGUAACCGAAGUGGCAGUCAAUGUGUUUCCCCGGGUGAACCCCCCCUGGUGGUCAUCCUGGAAACGUUCGUCCUCAGGAGGAAGGGGAAAACAAAAAUCCUCAUCAAGAUCUCCCAACACGUAGACAAUAUCGUGCACAUCCGGGGGAAGGUUAACAUGAAUACGCUUUUCAGCCCGGGGGGGUUGACUCACAGCGGUGGGGAGGUCGCCUCAACAGAAGAGCCCCCCCUUGCUCCAAACACUCGAGAGGGAGUAACUAAAAAGGGCAGUGAUCCACAUGGAAGGCUCGCCAAUCAGCAAAUAGAUCCGCUCAACAGAUUUGCAACUGUCGUGGGCCCACUCACGCAGCAAAAACGUGCUAUGAUGCCGCUACUCCCUUCUGCCAAGGGGGCAUACCCAAACGGAUUCCACACAGAGGUGACGGUGACACCAAUGCAACGCCCCAGAUUGGUAAGAAGACAAACAAGGCGAUUGCAAAAAAGGGAAAAUAACGCAGCGCUGUGGAUGACCAAAACGGGGGGAGGCAGAAGUGACCCACCCCCGACCUACUGCCACUUUAAAAAUAAAAACGUCACCCUCCUUGAGAGUAGAAGCAAAUACAAGGUGAUCAUCACCAAGAGGGGGAAGGGAGCACCGGAGGGUGGCCUGCACCUCUACGUGGGCAUCGAAAAGAGCAUCCGAAUAAACGUCUUUUCUACCAUGUUGGUGGAGGGAGAUGCAGAGGGGAAGUUAUCUUUAGAGAGCCCGCAGAAGGGGCAAGCAAAAUUGGCGGGCACCUCAAAUGGUGAGUCAUCACACCCCAUGGCGCACUCCCCCCAGAGGGAACUCUUUAAAAAAAAAAAAAACGCUCACCUGUGCACCCUCAUGUUUAGAAGCACCAGCCUGUUGGUGGGGCUGCACAAAAACCAGCCGAACGUAGUUCUUCUUUCCCUUGGAGAUGCCACCAUAAUGGAAUUCGCAUCCCCCGAUAGGAAGAAAGUGCUCUGCAGGUAUAAUGUGAAGGGGGGGUUACAAAAAGGAGAGGGAGACACCACCCUGGUGACUAGUGAAGGGGUCCAUACGGACCACCUGAGUAGCGGCAACUGUUUGGCACGACUACACAUGGAAUAUGAAAUUUGCUCCAAAGAGUGGAACGUUAAGAAAUUCGAGUUGGCCCUUUCGCCUGUACAUGUUCAGGUAACUUUAGACGUGGUGGAAAACUUCGCCUACUGUUAUGAGAAGUUCUGCAGGGGCGCAACGCACAGGAGGAGAAAGGUCGUGAAGGACGCCUUCCAGUUUUAUUUCCCCAACGGCUGUGGGAAGGCUUCGGGGGAGGGGGUCCCACCGCCGGGUUGGCUCACCGCUUCGGGUCUUCCUCGCAACAGUAUUGGAGGGGUUGAAGUGCUCUCCCUAAAUGGAGCCAUGCACCAAAACGGCAGCUUACACCGAAAGGGCGCCGCCGAGACGAAGCGCGCGAGCAGCCGCAGCUCCAUCUGCCGCCGCUUCCAAGAGGAAAAAAAGAAAAAACUCAAAAUAGGAAGCUUCCAAGUGUCCAGUGUGAGCAUCCACUUGUCCUUCCACAAGGAGACCACCUGCAGCAUAUAUCAGUACAAAAACAGGGGCCCCUGCAAGUUAGCGAUUCGUCUGACUUACCUCAACGACCUGGAUGACGCCGACGUGACGAUCAGACCUCUCUGCCUAACCGGGGUCAGCGAAAGGCACGCGCACCAUUUCGGUAGCUACCUCCUAGACUUCUACAUCAAGGAGCUCUACAAGGGCCUCUUCUUCUUCCUCACCAGGGUGAACCUCCUCAACAGGUGCAUCAGCAACUACUACAGCUUCUUCCACGGGCUCAUGGACACCGCCAUUUCCAGCGUCGACGUUUCCCCCGGCGUUGGCAGGGAUAGCGGGGGGGGCGGCAUUGGCAGGGAUAGCGGUGUACGUGGGGAUAGCUGCGUUCGUGGGGAUAGCUGCGUUCGUGGGGAUAGCUGCGUUCGUGGGGGUGGCAGCGCCCCCCGCAGAAGGCACACCAGUCUGACGAGCGCGUGCCUCGGAGGAGGGGGACAAAACGACCCUCACAUGCACGUGGAAGCCCACAGAGGCAUCGCGAGUGACUCUAACUUUUACAUCAAAGCAAAGAAGAGGGAAGUGCUAAAAAAACUAAACAGACACCUCUUCUACCUAAAGAGUGACACACAAACCUCUGUGUUUGCAGAAAAUGCAGAGAGCAACAGCUUCGCUGUGGAGAGUGCCUGCGCGCAGACCGAAGAGAAAGAAGAAGAAGAAGAAGAAGAAGAAGAAGCUGCCCCAGUGACCCCCCCAGAUAAUUUUAGCUUAAUUAACAACACGCUGAAGACCCUGGGGAAGGACAUCCUGUCAAGCAUUAACUAUUACCUGUAUGAUGGGGACUCCCCGGGAGCGGCUUCCCCAAAAGCGGCUUCCCCAAAAGCGGCUUCCCCAAAAGAGGCUUCCCCAAAAGAGGCUUCCCCAAAAGAGGCUUCCCACAGCGCGGCUAACGUCGACUUGGCUAACGUCGGCACGCCCCCCAACGCUGCGCUGGUCCAAGCGGGGAAACCCCACCAGGCAGACGGGGCAACCACCUUUAAGACGGAGCGGAUGCACAUCCUGAGGCACUUUUUGGAGAACCGGGCGGAUCCGCCAUCCGGUGGGGAGCUGGCCGCCAAGGCGGACGAGGAGUUCCCCGCCUACCUGCCCCUCUACCGAAGGAACAAACUCGUGCACGACGAAUACGUCUCUCGGGUGUGCGCCUCCGUGGACCGCCGUCUCAUACGCAACCUAGUGGUGCUGGACUACCUGCACGACAAGCAGGAGCGCAAGCUGCUCCUCUUCUGCGACGACCACUUGGUGAUGUUCCACCGAAACACCAGGACCGUCGUGCGCAAGCAACACAUCGUCAAGCUGGAAAUCACCUGCAUCCACUUCAACCUCACGUUCGACCGAGACAAAAGUUUAAUUAUGAAUUUGAGGAGCAUCAUCAAGAAAAACAGAGACAACUUCCUGGGGUUUUACUUUGAUGUGCUCUUCAAGCGAAAAAAAAAAAGAUUCCUACAAAGAAUAAAAAAAAAAAAAAAAAAAAUCGUUUAUUUCCUUUACUAUAUGUUCCACUUCAUCCAUAAUUACAAUCGGAAGGUAAAACUGUUGAAGGGCAAAGGGGGUGCUGGUGGUGUUCCCCCCCUCGCGAGGAAGAGCGUCAACUCCUUCGUCACCAUUUUCGAGGGGCAUCAGAAGGUCUUCUUUUCCUUUUCCUCCCUGGCCCACUUGUCGCGCUUUUACCUCAAUGUGAGAGGCCUGCUCCUGGGCAUGUGCCAGCCGCCCCCUAGCUGCAGCGGUUAG